AAGCUCCUCGUCACCAGUCAGAAAACAGUGGGAUCGAGUUGUUUCACUGCACGAGCACAUCCUCCGGCGACCACCGGCCUCCCUCUCCGUCCUCUAGCGACCGACCAACGCGCCGAGCGAAGAUGUCGUGGCAGACGUACGUGGACGAGCACCUGAUGUGCGAGAUCGAGGGCCACCACCUCACGUCGGCGGCCAUCGUCGGCCACGACGGCGCCACCUGGGCGCAGAGCACCGCAUUCCCCGAGUUCAAGGCCGAGGAGAUGGCUGCCAUCAUGAAGGAUUUCGACGAGCCGGGGCACCUCGCCCCGACCGGCCUGAUACUGGGAGGCACCAAGUACAUGGUCAUCCAAGGCGAACCUGGAGCUGUCAUCCGUGGCAAGAAGGGAUCCGGGGGCAUCACUGUGAAGAAAACAGGGCAGUCACUCAUCAUUGGCAUCUACGACGAGCCCAUGACUCCCGGGCAGUGCAACCUGGUGGUGGAAAGGCUGGGCGACUACCUGCUCGAACAGGGGAUGUAAUGACAACCCCUUCCCCUGGAAUGCAUGUUGAUGAUGUUGCUGGUUCCAACUUCGUUUUCAGUAAUAAUAACAACAAAGCGAAGACCCUCCUACCUACCCUAUUUGCUUGAGCGGCUCUUGUCCGCGCCACAAGAUACCAAUUGUUGCGCUGGGAAUAUUCAGCUACGAUGACCCGCUUUAGUUCAGUUUCUUUUUUUUUGGGGGUUGGUUCGAUCAUUUGGCUGUAGCGUGAAUCGCUUGGACAACAGACUCCAAUUACUAAGCAAAUAUUUUUCUUCUGCAUAUAUUUGAAGAACCUUGUUCAGGCCCCCCUUUCGAAAUGAAAUGCGGGAAAUUUUUUUCU